ACCAUCACACAACAAAUAAAUUAAAUCAUGGCUUCUUCUAAUUGUUUACAUGCCAUUCUUUUGUGUUCUCUUCUUUUCAUUACUUCAACUAUAGCUCAAAAUCAAACUUCAUUCCGUCCCAAAGGCCUAAUUAUCCCAGUCACAAAAGAUGCUUCAACUCUCCAAUACCUUACACAAAUCCAACAAAGAACACCUCUUGUCCCUAUAAGUUUAACUCUUGAUCUUGGUGGCCAAUUUUUAUGGGUAGAUUGUGAUCAAGGUUAUGUUUCUUCCUCUUAUAAACCGGCCCGGUGUGGCUCCGCCCAGUGUUCACUGGGCGGAGCGUCUGGUUGUGGAGAAUGCUUUUCUCCACCUAGACCGGGUUGUAAUAAUAACACGUGUGGUCUACUUCCUGACAACACGGUUACUGGGACCGCUACUAGUGGAGAGUUAGCUUCUGAUGUUGUGUCAGUAGAAUCAUCUAAUGGAAAAAAUCCUGGUAGGAGCGUUAGUGAUAAAAAUUUCCUUUUUGUUUGUGGUGCUACAUUUCUUUUACAAGGUCUUGCUAGUGGUGUUAAGGGUAUGGCUGGUCUUGGAAGAACAAAAAUAUCUCUUCCUUCUCAAUUCUCAGCUGAAUUUAGUUUUCCUAGAAAAUUUGCUCUUUGUUUGACUUCUAGUAGUAACUCUAAAGGUGUGGUACUUUUUGGAGAUGGUCCUUAUUUUUUCUUACCUAAUAGACAAUUCUCAAAUAAUGACUUUCAAUACACUCCACUUUUUAUAAAUCCAGUAAGUACAGCCUCAGCCUUUUCAUCAGGUCAACCAUCAUCUGAAUACUUUAUUGGUGUAAAAUCCAUUAAGAUUAACCAAAAAGUUGUACCAAUAAACACAACUUUGUUGUCAAUUGACAAUCAAGGUGUUGGUGGAACAAAAAUCAGCACAGUAAAUCCUUACACAAUCUUGGAGACUUCACUAUACAAUGCUAUCACAAAUUUCUUUGUGAAGGAACUAGCUAAUGUGACUAGGGUCGCGGUCGUGGCGCCAUUUAGGGUUUGUUUUGAUUCAAGAGAUAUUGGAAGUACAAGAGUUGGACCAGCAGUGCCAUCAAUUGAUCUUGUUUUACAAAAUGCAAAUGUUGUUUGGACUAUUUUUGGAGCUAAUUCAAUGGUACAAGUUAGUGAAAAUGUCUUGUGUCUUGGAGUUUUGGAUGGUGGUGUUAAUGCAAGGACUUCAAUUGUGAUUGGAGGACAUACAAUUGAAGACAAUCUUUUGCAAUUUGAUCAUGCAGCAUCAAGAUUGGGAUUCACAUCUUCAAUCCUUUUUAGACAAACUACAUGUGCCAAUUUUAAUUUCACUUCAAUUGCUUAGGUAGUGUGGACCUAAGUUGUUUUAAUUAAUGUAUUGAAUUAUAAUAAUGUUCAAACUUUGUGUUUGGGCACUUUGUAAUAAUUGGAUGUAUAAGAUUUCUUGUGAUUCGUUUUGUUAAA